AUGGAGAAUGCAGUUCAGUAUCAAGUCGUGCUCGGAGCCUUUAUGGCUGGGAUCUGCCUCUACUGGGUUCUCUUUCCGGCAGUCGAGCAUCUCAUCAUCAAACGCAUCCUACCAGAAUGGUAUGAAGAAAACAAGGAGGGGCGCCGUCGAUUCACGAUUCUGUUCCCAGUCAUCAUGAUGUCCCUUCGGGGCCUGGUUGGUGGUCUGGUUACCAUGCCGUCGUGUCUAAUAGCGGCUCGAGAGACGCCCUGGGAAACUGGUCAGACUAUGACAACUGCCGGUAACAUCUGCAUCAUCUCUCAAGUUAUCCCCUGGACCACCGAACUGCUUCCUCAGUACGAGAUCUCAGUGGAAAUGUUUCUCCACCACCUCAUCUGCACGGCCGUCUUCUUUAACAUCAUCAUGGCGCCCAGCAUUCACAUGGUUGCGCCUCUAUACAUUCACAUAGCCACCCAGUUCGGUGACGUCUUUACCUCUUUUCACAAAGUCAUGAGGUGCCUAGGAUACCGACCAGGUACCUGUCAAAUCCUCUAUGCCAAUAAGCUACUGCAAAUUGUCUUGCUAGUUUGUUUCAAAGUCUCCUUUACUUUGUAUCUCAUGGGCAGAAUCAUCCAGACGCCAGAUCGGAUGUGGGACUUGAUCCGGGCCACUUGCCUAUUCUUCUUUGCCGCUUAUACUCACAAGGCCAUAAUUGUGAGCUUUGUCUUCACAAGAAUGGUCGAACAGCCCACUGAGGGCCCAAUUGGACUGUUGUUCCGAGGUACAGGCGUGUUUAUCACUCGCUACAACAUUGGCCUGGCAGCAUCCGCAGCAGCUGCCGUCGUCUUUAAAGUAUUGUUCUAUGCAAUCUCUCUUGAGCAUCCUAUGGGAGCAGAUGAGCACAUGAGGGCUUGGACCGAGAGUACUGUGUCUGUCUCGGCAUUGUGCCUGCUUAUCAAGCUGGGAAUGACGGCAUGCAGAUGCUUCUUAAACGGAAACCAAUUCCUGGCCGAGGGUUGGUAUCAAUCUAUCAAGAGGGGCGAGAUGUACCUCCGCUUCAGCUCCAUCCUCGUGGCCUUUAUGAUCCACGGCCCCUAUACUGGAGAUUUGAUCGCGAAGCACGCAGGGCUUUCCAGUCAGGCCCUAUCCACCGCCACUGGCUUUGCAUUCCUGGUUGGGGAUCUCUUUCUCCGCACUGGUCUGUGGAUAUCUGUCGGUGAAGAGGUCAGGGUGCCAGUGGAGGACCUGUCCAAGGACGUCAAGGCAGAGAAGGCUCUCCCACAGAUAAACCCAAGAGCUGUGUCUGAUCAUGCCGUGGCAGCGGAACAACUGCGCAUGAUCUGGGCAGAUGCUAUCAUCAUUCUCGCCUCCAUUUUUCUGCCCAAUGGCUUCACCAAGUUCACAAAGAUGGAGACAAGUUACGCCAUGUUCUUUACCCAUGCCCUGGUCCAGGUUCUUGACGAGUCCAUGUCUCUGUUUAUAAAAGGGGGUAGUGCAUCUACAGUUACGCAUCGUUCUCGCCGUUUCUCUUCCCUCAAGUUCGUCUUGGCUGUUGGCCAAAACCUUCUCGCCUUUUCCGCUGUGUGUGGACAAGUAUGCACGGAGUGGAAAUGUAGCGACAGAGAGCAGGAGAUCCUCUGGACAGCUCUCGCCGUCGGUCUUUUUUCAUAUCUAUCCAGCUGCAUGCUCAUUCCCACCAAGAAGCAUGCAAAGGUCAAGAAGUCCUCAGCCAAGUCUACUCCUACCGAUGCUGCCCCUCCUCCUGUGACAACAAGAGAUCGAGUGCUUCGGAUGCUCAAAGCUUUUUUCCUCUCUCCAAAAGUCUACACUGGACUCGGUGCUUUGCUCUUGCAGUGGCUUGCUUUCAGAGAAUGGAUGAAGUCGGAUGGAGAGCAGGUUGAGUCGACCGUGGGCUUCGAAAACGUCAAAACGGUUAUCGCGAGCCCCUACGGAGUGGUAGGAAGCCUCAUUGCACUGACUCUUGCCAUUCUAGGCACAAUCCUUCCCUGUGAGUAG